AUGCCGUCUCUCCUCUCCUCCGCCAUCGCGCAGCCCGCGCGCAACCAGCACCUCCUCUUGCUUCAGUCUUCGUCUGCUCAGACAUGUCUCCCGAUUGCACGCGCAGUUGUAAAACAGGCGAGCGAACGGACGCGUGAAACAACUGUCCUGUUCUGCUUCCUGUACCCGCCCUCUAGUUUCCUACAGUCCUCGAGCGCACCGCCAUCCAAUGUGCGAAUCGUGGACACGACAUCAUGUGUGCCAGGCUACGAUAUUGACAUGGACGACGAAGGAGCUCAGUGCUCUUCGUUGAGGAAGACCGUCCUCGAGGCCGUCCAAUCCACUCCGGAGGGUCCUCUGAAUGUCAGCAUCGAUUCUGUCGACACAUUGCUCUCCGACUUGGAGUCAGUGUCAGAGACGACCCGUCUCCUCUCCGAGCUGCUCGCCAUCAUACGCGCCCGCGGCGGCACCUCCCGCCUCAUCCUCCACCUCCUCUCCCCCUCCCCCCUAAUCCCCAUCCUCACGCAAACCCGCUUCUCCCCAUCCCUCACCCACCUCAUCGCCCACCCGCCCGCGCUCCUCACACACCUCGCUUCCGCCUACCUUACCCCCCCUCCUCCGCUCUCCCCUCCCGAAAAAUUCUGGGGCGUCUUCAUCCCGAUCUCCGAGCGCCCGUACGAGUCCGAGCGCCUCGUGUUCGGGCCCGGGGGCGAGGGCAGCGGGCUGCAGGAGUGCGCGGUCGAAGUGCUCGUGCGGGGUGGGGCGGACGGGGCGGGGCGGCGGCGGGGCGUCGAGCGCGUGCUCGAGGGCUGGUCGCCUGCUGUUGGGGGCGCGUGCGAGCUGCGGGAGCUGGAGAGCUUGAAGAGCUUGUGGGCGAAGAGGCCUGUGUUUGAGACCCAGAACGGUCCGGAUCCGACGCAGAACUUGUCGUUCAACCUCAACCUCACGCCGGAACAACAACGAUCGCGUGCACAGGUGCCGCUUCCCUAUGCACACGAAGGGAAACCUGUAGGGCAGACACAUGCUCCUGCAGCCAUCUUGUACGACCCAGAUUCUGCAGACGAUCUCGACGACGACGAUCCGGAUGAGGACUUGGACAUCUAGUUAUUUC